CUUCCGGAUGCACGGGGGUGGGGGGGGCAGUGACGUAGGGGGAACGUGCCCUCUAUAUGAGGUUGGGGAGCGGCUGACUCGGCCUUUUCCGCCCGCUCCCCCCUCCCCCCCCAAGCGCCGCUCCGGCUGCAUCGCGCUCACACCGAGCUCCGGGCCCCCGCAGCGCUAGCGCCGCCACCGCCGCCUCCCUCCUUCCGCCGCCAUGAUCAUCUACCGGGACCUCAUCAGCCAUGAUGAGAUGUUCUCCGACAUUUACAAGAUCCGGGAGAUCGCGAACGGGCUGUGCCUGGAGGUGGAGGGGAAGAUGGUCAGUAGGACAGAGGGUACCAUUGAUGAUUCACUCAUCGGUGGAAAUGCCUCUGCUGAAGGUCCUGAGGGUGAAGGAACAGAUGCCACUGUAAUCACUGGAGUUGACAUAGUAAUAAACCAUCAUCUGCAAGAAACUAGUUUCACAAAAGAAUCCUACAAAAAGUACAUCAAAGACUACAUGAAAUCAAUCAAAGGCAGACUUGAAGAACACAAGCCAGAUAGAGUAAAACCUUUUAUGACGGGAGCUGCAGAACAAAUCAAACAUAUCCUUGCUAAUUUUAAAAACUAUCAGUUCUUCAUAGGUGAAAACAUGAAUCCAGAUGGUAUGGUGGCUCUCUUGGACUUCCGUGAGGAUGGUGUGACCCCAUAUAUGAUUUUCUUUAAGGAUGGUUUAGAAAUGGAGAAAUGUUAACAAAUUCAGCUGAUUACUUUGAACCACCUGUCAUCAUAACUGGCUGCUGCUUUUUGUCAUCUACACAACACCAGGACUUGGACAAACUUGGACUGAUGUCAUCUUGAGCUUUAUUCAUUUAUUUUUGACCUUGAUUUAUUUGGAGUGGAGGCAUUGUUUUUAAAAACAUGUCAUGUAGGUUGUCUAAAAUAAAACGCAUUUAAACCCAUUUGAGAGAA